AUGACUUCCUCUUUGCCUGGUACGCGCGAUCUCCCGAGCUCUCAGUUCGAUCUCAGCACAUAUUGGGGUCGCGUGCAGCAUGCGGCCAAUAUUUCAGACCCGAGGACGCUCUUCACAUCCUCUGCUGGCCUUCAAAAUGCCAAACAACUCGUCACCGCGUACAAGACGGGCAAAACAAGGGACAUGACGCCUGAGCUGUGGAGCGCAAAGAAGAUCAUCGACUCGACGAUCCACCCUGACACUGGCGAGCCAGUCCUCCUACCGUUCCGCAUGUCGGCCUUUGUGCUGUCCAACUUGGUCGUCACCGGGGGCAUGCUCACGCCCAACCUCACGACAGCAGGAACACUCGGCUGGCAAGUAGCCAACCAGUCGCUCAACGUCGCCAUCAACUACUCCAACGCUAACAAAGCCACCCCGCUCGCGACCUCGACCAUUGUCAAGUCCUACUUCCUCGCCGUCAGCGCGUCCUGCGGUGUUGCCUAUGGGCUCAAUGCCGCUGUUCCGCGCCUGAAGAGCCUCUCGCCCAACGCCAAGCUCAUCGCCGGCCGCCUCGUCCCCUUCGCAGCUGUCGCGUUUGCCGGUGUGCUCAACGUCUUCCUGAUGCGCGGCGAAGAGAUCAAGCACGGCAUCCCCGUCUUCCCUGUCCUGAGCGAAGAAGAGAAGAAGCGCGUGGAGACGGGUGACUUGGAGGUCAAGCCGCUAGGCAAGAGUAAGAAGGCGGCGACCAUCGCAGUGGGGGAGACGGCUGUCAGUCGCGUGCUCAAUGCGACGCCUAUCAUGGUCCUGCCGCCUCUCCUCUUGGUCAGGCUGCAGAAGACACAGUGGCUGAAGCAGAGGCCCAGGAUGACAACGCCCAUCAACUUGGGAUUGAUCUUUGCGACGAGCAUCUUCGCCUUGCCGCUUGCGCUCGGUGCGUUCCCACAGAGGGAGAGCGUCAGCGCAACUUCACUAGAGCCUGAGUUCCACGCACGUGGCGGCAAGGGCGGCAUGGUUGAGUUCAACAGAGGUAUCUGA